CUCUUCUUCCAUCACCAGCAUUCAACCGAGCAUCAACGAUCGCUAGCCCUCGGUUGACUCAGAUUUUUUCUUGAUACAUGCAGCUCAUAUGUCUCUUUGAAAGGGUCCAGACGGUGAAGUUUGCUUGCAUCUUAAUCACCCAUCAUGUCCGACGGCGGAAGCCCCGACAUUGCACACGCCAGGAAAUCCCGGGCUUGCACCAACUGCGCUCGUCUGAAAAUCAGAUGUAGAUGGCCACCGGACUCGGGCCAUAAUGAACCGACCGACUGUUCCAGAUGUUCCCGCAUGAAGUUAACAUGCCACGUGCCGGAGCCCGCCCCGAGGAAGAGACGGGGUAAGUCGAGUCGGGUUACGGAACUGGAAAAGAAAAUUGACGGGCUGGUCAACCUCUUUCAGACACGGCAGCAGUCCCGGGAGGCUCAAGGCCUGCACUCGACCACGACAACCCCGAGUAGCAGGGAUCGCAACCCGAUGCCAUACACGGGGCUGACCAUGCCUGGCCUCGAUCGAUCAUCAGCCACCCAGGCCACUCCGAGCGGUGUGAGUCCAGACACGACCCAAAAUCACAACAUGCCCCCAGGAGUGGAUGCAGGGCAGACGGAGAAGACCUUCUAUCUGGUCCCUGAUUUCAGUCUCUCCGUCGAGAAGGCGGAGGAGUACCUGAACAUUUACCGAACGCGCAUGGUUCCCAACUUCCCCUUCGUACCCAUCCCUCCCAGCACAACGGCCGCCGAGCUUCAUGACAAGAAGCGAUUCCUUUUCUGGUGCAUCAUGCAAGCCGUCGUGCCCCAGACUGCUGCCGUUCAAAAAGCUGUUGAUGACUGGGUCCGUCGACAUGCUGCCAUGCAUGUCAUUGUCCUAAAGGACAACUCGAUCGAACUACUGCAGGGCCUCGUGGUCUACGUCGCUUGGGGCGAGGUUCAUCAACAAGUGGGCAUCAAUGCCAACUCACUACUCCAGAUGGCUAUUGGUCUGGUAAUGGACUUCACCAUACAAACACUCGGCGGGCCACUGGGCUGGAUGCCGAAGACCUUGCAGGCCGAUGCGUGGGUUCUUGUGGGCCGAGGAAAGCAGUCCGAAUUGACAAAACACACCCUUGAAGAGCAAAGGGCAAUCCUGGGCGGCUAUUUCAUCGCGUCUAGUGUACCCGCGGCGAUGCGAAGAUACUCGCAAAUACAGUUCACGCCACAUCUUGUGCGAUGCUCCAAGGCCAUCCGCGAGGCCUCGGAACUGCCGUCUGAUCAGCAACUACUUGCCCUCAUCCGCAUGCAAAAUGUUGGGGACCGCAUUCGUGCCGUUUUUCCAAGCCCGGACAGGGACGAGGGGGAGCCACUUCCCAUCUUUCGGGAACACUUCAAUGUAGUUCUGUCGUCGAUUCGCAAGGAGAUCCUCGCCAUCGCGCUCGAAGAGCCCAUCGUCAACAAAGAGCAACCCAUGUUAUGGGCUCAUUAUCAAACAUUAAUGGUUAGGUUAUACGAACCGUGCAUAGGCUUACGUGCAGCGAGUCCCUCGGAGGCGGUGUCCCCGACUGAGCCAUACAGCCGGACCGAAGCGCUCUGGCACUGCCUCCAAGCAAUCCAAAACUCUUCGGCGGCUUUGCUGGAUCUAGCGGCCGAGGUGUUCGCCUAUCUUCCCUUCAACUUGAUUGCGGACGUGGCAUAUUCAAUGAUGGCAUCGCACCGUCUGUUGCUAGAGGACACGACGAACGACUGGGACGUGUCCAUGGCGCGUCAGAAGCUGGAUUUGCCGGAGAUCACGCGCCGCGUAGGAGACAAGUUCGAGGAGGCGGACAAUGUGGCCCUCGUCGUCGGCCAGAAGCGGCGCCUGUUCGAGGACAACAGCUCGAGGUGGUCCAACUACGCCCACCGAGCCAGAUGGAUACGGCAGUGGUACCUGACCAAAGCCGUGCCGCCGCCGCAUGAGUCGACGACGACGACGACGACGACGAACCAGUCACAGUUGGGUUCCGAAUCAACAACAUUCUUGAACGAGGCCAACCUGUCAUGGUUGGGGGGCAUCUCGAUGGACCAGGGGUUUUGGGAGGCGAUGAUGCUGGACGGCCCUGGACAGAUACCGUUUGAUGCCUCAAUGGUUUUGCCGGACCAGUCCAUGUUACCGCCCAUGCCAUCCACGUCAUAGAACGACUCUACAAAGCUCAUUCUUGUUGCUAGUUCUGUCGUUGACAUUUGAACUGGGCUGAAGUCUGUGUGAGAUCGAGUGAAAGACUUUUGAGCGGGUUGGCCAACUGAAACACAACACUUAGUUCGGCUUUGGGCCUUCACCACAGCAAGGUGCAGGUACUUACGGGUUAUCGACGGCUUCAACGACCUGCACAACGCUUUCUACAACCACCUCGUGACUUUUUCCUGCGUGCUUCUGCUGUCACCCAGCUCACGUACCAGGCAUGGCUCUCGUUUACGCCUCACACUCUGCCACCCGAGCUGCGGGGCGUAAUUCUCUAGUCCAGAACCCCCUGCUUCGCAAGAGAGUCAGCUCCAUGAACAGCCUCUGCACCUUCCGCUUGCCCCCUGCAGUGCCGACAGAUUCCAUACUCGACUGCGACCUGUAGCUAGCCCGCUGAAACGAGCUCGACCUUCGGAAACAGGCAUUAUGGUUCCUACUCUAUCCCACGAGGAUGCCACCAACCUCCUCCUGUCGAUCUCGGAACCCCACCACCCCUCCCUGUUCCGGCAGCGGGGCCGGCCCUAGCCAACUAAGAUAGCUCAACGUCAAUGCCAACUCUCAUCAGUUAUCAAAACCACGCAAGAGAGCUGCAUCCCUUAAAUAGCAUGCUUGGCGACUUGACUAAAAAAAAAUGUCGUCUGGUGAUGCAUGCCGACAAGUCACUAUUUUUCGUGACGAUGUUGUGUGAGUCGGCCGGUUAUCAGCAAGUUCACAGACCUU